GCUGACCCUGUUGAGGCCCUAUUCUAACAGAGACACGGUGGUGGUGGAAGACUGUGUGACUGACGGAUGGGCUCAUUAUUUUCUUCCAGGUCCCCCACCCUCGUCGUCUAAGAAGCCCAGGAGUCGAGGCCUGUUCCACAGCCUCUUCUGCUGCCUAUGUCAUGACCAGGCUGACCCCCCGCCGGUCAACAACAACGCCCCACUACUGGUGGAGGAGAACGGGACUGUCUCCAAGGUCCAAGUCAGACCGCUGCUUCCUCAGGCCAAGUCAAAAGACGCAGGGAAGAUCUGUGUUGUCAUAGACCUGGAUGAAACUCUGGUCCACAGCUCAUUCAAGCCGGUGAACAAUGCUGAUUUUAUCAUUCCCGUAGAGAUCGAUGGAACUGUUCAUCAGGUAUAUGUGUUGAAGCGACCUCACGUGGAUGAGUUCCUUAAGAGGAUGGGAGAGCUGUUUGAAUGUAUUCUGUUCACAGCUAGCCUGGCUAAGUAUGCUGACCCAGUGUCAGACCUGCUGGAUAAGUGGGGUGCGUUCCGUGGCCGUCUGUUCCGUGAGUCGUGUGUGUUCCACCGGGGGAACUACGUAAAGGACCUGAGUCGUCUGGGCAGGGACCUGAACAAGGUCAUCAUCAUAGAUAACUCCCCAGCCUCCUACGUCUUCCACCCAGACAACGCUGUGCCUGUGGCGUCGUGGUUCGAUGACAUGGCCGACACCGAGCUCCUGGAUCUAAUCCCCUUCUUCGAAGGGCUCAGUAAAGUGGAGGAUGUCUACACGGUGCUCAGGCAGCAGAGGGAUUCCAGCUAGCAGUGCUGUCAGUCACCCUACCCCUAUACUACCGCCAUCUACAGGACAGACCGAGAACCGCAGCCUUAAAGCGUCUUCACACCCAACCGUACACCCCCUCAGCCUACCGUCCACCAGAUCAACCACAAGACUAUCACCUCCAAGCCCACCCCUCUUCUUCAACCCGUCAGGACCACGCUAGUACUGCCCUCUAUUGGGGAAAACAGAGGACUUGACCCUCCAGGACACGAUCUACCAUCCUUAAGUUUUUAUACAGUGCCUUUCAUCAAAUGUCAUUGGAGCAUACAGAACAGUCAAGUAGAGGGAAUCUACCACGUUCUUCAGAAUGAAGAAAAAACAUGCAGCAGGAAGGUAAUGAGAGAGAACACCCAGGAUCCAAUCAGAAUCAGUUCUCUAACGCCGGGUUGGAGUCAAUAAGUUUCCGGAAGAGCGAACAGUUCUAGAACUCUGUAUGGAAAAGCAAAUGACAGCUGUAUGAAUGGAUAUUUACUACUUUUAACACUUUUAAUGUGUUUUUUAUUUCAUUCACCAACAGACAAUUUAGCAUUUUUAACAAGCAAAGUAUUGGCUUUGUGUAAGUCAAGUGGUUUUAUUUCUUUCAUCGCUCAGCUAGUAUCAUAAUGACUAGCAGAAUGGGCAUCAGUACUUGUUAAGGGGGAUGGAAUCAUAGAGAAUGACAUUUAUCAGUUACUGCAGCUAUCAAAACGUUCCAUGUCCCUUAAUCAUAUUUGUUUUUUAUUAAAACCAUAGGAAUAUGUGCGAUAAUGUGCCAGAUAACAUUUAUACGGGGUAAAGGCACCGUUUUCAUAACAAAUACAGUAGUCAGAUGACUGAAAUGCACCUUAAAUUACAAUAUAAUCUUUUAGGAUUUCUUUUGGAUUACAUUGUCUGUGGACCAUGGACCUCAACCCAGACAGACUUAAAUGCUCCAGCUCAGACACAUGGACACAGUACCAUGUACCAGUCAAUGGCCUGGAAAACCCUUGGUAUUCUGCAAGAGGACCUGGAUAUGUGUUGGGAAAACAUAUUUAGAUUCUGUCCAGGCAAACUGUUGGUCAAUGCUACAUUCAUGGAGGAGGGCUGGGCGACUAUAUUGUGAAUACCGGUAUGGAUCCACAUACCGCUAUAUAUUUUCACAAUAACAGAAUUUUGAUACAGUGCUCAAUUAAAGGAGAAGUUCUACUAAUUGGACUAGUUCAUUGUCAGUUUUGUCCUGGUUUGGUUGAGUAUAAAACCAUCAGAAUGGAGAAAGACCAUUUUAAAUUCAAAGAAUUGAUUUGUUGCCAUUCUAGGUCAUGCACUAAUCAUGAAACACAUUUAGACCAAAUAUAUUUUGUCUGUAACGCCCAGCCUUACCAUGGAGGAAAGGUGUUGGGACUGUGUUAUCCAUCUGGUUUUGACAAGCACACUUCUCCCUCCUCUUACUGGAAACAGUACUUGAAUACUUUCCCUUUUUCAUGACCUCUUUUUAAAGGACUGCAAAUACUAUGCUUCUUUAGACCAGAUUGUAGGAUUUGGGUAGUUUGGUUUUUAAACUAAAGCUUCUGACACAAGGUAGGACUUUAUUAAUCGGUACUUACCUGGGUUUGGAACAAUACAAUAAUUGUUAUUUGUAAGUAAAAACUAUGAGAUGGUCUAUCAGGAAGUGAACAGGAAGAGUCGUUUUAAUGGAUUGAGUGAUUCGUAUUGAUUGAUACUGUUUUAUGAAUGCAUGGGGAAAAGCCACUGUGUUGGAGUUGACUAAAGGCCUACUAAAAUACCUUGUGAAAUAAGAUGAUUCAGAGUUUAAAUAACCAGUACACCCAUGAUAAAUCUAUCAGUAUUAAGGAAUAAUACAUUAAAAAAAAAGUUUUACUAAAUUUCACAUUCCAACGUAAACACUCACCAAGUGCCUGUGUCAAUCAAGUUAGAUACUUAAAUAAAAACAUUUUUAAAUCUUUUUCUCUUG